AUGAGAGAGACUUUGACUUUCCUAACAGAGCUUCAUAAAGACGAUGUUACUUUAGUUAGUACGGACUGCUUGAAACAAUUUAAAUACAGUUACAGACAAGAAAUUGUCAAAGCUAAGAUUAAAGCCAAUGAUGACUACAUUAAUAAAUCCAACAGACAACAUGCUGCUUGGAAUAUCAUAAAGAAUGUUAAACCGAACGUGCACAACCAGGACUCCUCAACAUCUCUCACAGCACAUCAAUUCAACGACUUUUUUACCCAUAUCGCACAAAAACUUUUAAAUAAAAUUACCCCAUCCGAUCCAAUAUACUACCCACAGUGA